UGGAGGUAAAUUUCUUGUUCUCCGCCACCCUCGUGUCCCAUGUUGAGUUGGGUUAAGGGUGGACUUACCAAUUGUGCUACUUAUUUGGCAUUCAGUGCUCUUACCUACUUUAGUUGUUUACUAAAAUAGUAGGUUGGGUCGACUUCAAGUUUCGUGCAACUUCGGUUGACGUUCUAAAGAAAGUUAUACAAAUGGUAUUUGUCUAAUCUUGUGCAGUGCAUACAUUCGUUGGCACCCAUUGUUAGGGAUCGUGAUAAAGUGAAACUCAUGUAAAUGCGAAGAGAAUCUACUUUUAUCGUUCCCGCUGGUUGAGUUGCGCAUGCUCCAGAUUCCCAACAGGUGGACCACGCGCAGUUUCCGUUCGAUCGAAAUCCGUGUAAAGAAAUUUUAUCGACCUGUUCAUAUCGAUACAUGGGAAUGCCAAAUGAACGUGCCCAUCAUGAUGUAUUAACGCGACGUGAAACAUAGUCACGCGUUGAUGCACCUUAAACGAAAAAUGUUUACCAACCAAAUUCUAAUCACAAAAACUGAUAAUAGCUGCGAAAAAUGGAAGACAGUUGGAGCAACUGGAACGUUAUUUAGAUGGGAUUUUAUUUCCAUGUAAAGAAGACUGGACAACACGCCGGACAAUGAAUUCUUGAUUCUGAUUAGACCUGGGUAACAUAUGCGGUUCAAAAGAAGUAGAAGAAACUCAAUUUAGGUACAUUUUCGUACGUUAAAUUCAAAGUGAACGGACUACAAUGGACGGGAAAAAUUCACGGAGAAAGUGUCGAAGAAUAUUCGAAUAUUAAAACUUCAAAACGAGAACUUACUAUUUUCUGGUUCCAUGAUUUUACUAUUGCAUGUUGCAUCCCAGUGUUAGGAAAAAGACGUUUAUCGUUGGAAAAGGAAGUAGCUGAAAGUGGAAAACAUUGAUAUAACUUAUUAAAAUGGAACUAUAAUGCUGCACGAUCAAAGAGGAUAUCUGCAAUUUCUCUCAGAAAUAAGACUGUAAGGUUAGAGAAAGAUGAAAGAAAAGAUGAGGGUGAAAACAUGUGUACGUUCAGGUAGAGUUAACGUAAUUUCGAAUGCACCGACAGUCUACGACGGUGAAGGAAAGUAAAAGUGUCAUGGACAAUUUCGUACCUCAAACCAGAAUUCCGGUAUGCACGAUCCGGUGGAAGGAUAUAAGGGCGUAACGGCGUAAGGACUUGCUCAUUUGUCUCACGGUUAAAACCAAAUAAUCGGCCGAGGAAACCUCGUGUUCCACUUUCGACUCUAGAACGUGGAACGGAAUGAGGCAAAAAUGAAUUUAAAGCGGUCACGCCUCUUAACGCCACCGAGAUACUUACGUCGUUCGUUCCAUUAGUGGAGUACUCUUUCAAGACUUCCGUGUUUCCUCCAUCUUCUUCUUCUUCUUCUUCUGGCCUGUCGUCAUCCUCUUCUUCAUCUCAGUCAUAUGGCGAGUAAACCGGGCCAACGAGAAAGCUUCUCGCCGAUCUCGUUUCGAGACCGGUACCACUCUGAUGCAUAUUAACUCCGCAUUAACCUGCUCAUUACUGUCGAUAAACGAUAUGAAAUUUGACCUGAGGAAUGAUUUUCAAGGAUCUGAACAAGAAUUACAACAUCUAAGAUAGUAGAAUCCAGAUUGAAACACCCACAUUUGCUAAUUUCUCUACUUGUCAUGUUUUACCCUGGAGUUCCCGGGGCAGAGUAGCGAACUGCAGUUAGCUGUGUCACUUGGUAGUACCCUUAAACAAAGAGAAGAAAUUCUAUAGCUUCCAAGAAUCGUUUCUCUUUUAUCCCAUAUUUUGUAUUCACGAGUUCGUAACUUUAUAUUAGAAAAAAAUACAAAUUCUUAAAUGUUUGGCCCAAAAUUUUCAUCGGGAGAAUUCGAGGCAUAGUUUGUUAUCAUGUAAACGAAGAGACCUUUCCCGAUUUCCUUUUCAAAGCUAAUUGUUAUCUUGAAUAAAAGAAUGAGAAGUAUUUUGUGUAGGGAAAAACGGGAAACUAUUUCGGAACAUUCCUACAUGUAUUUUACGAUCCUAAUUUGCAAUUUUCUUUGUCGUGCUUCCCAGAAAUAAAUUUAGGCAUUAUCGACUAAGUAACUUGAAUGAUCCCGCGCGUUAGAAUAUCAUACAAAAGGUAAAUAGAGACAAUUACUGUACAAAGUUCCGUAAAAUCGACAGGAGGAAGAAAAUUACUUUGAAAUUUCGUUGCAUUGACUAUGUAAGACCCAUUCUCUAGUUGCUCGCAUCUGUCCGGGAUAGAAAUACGACAUCCACGGUUAUAUCAUUGUAACGUUACUUCUGCACUCGGGGAUGAAUGUAACAGGUGUACAGCUACGAUCUACGAUCCGAACCGUUUUAAUUGGAACUAUAAAACCGCUAUCAAGGAGCGGGAAUCCUCGGAAGCUCCAUACACGACGCUUCGUACCUGGGCACCAAGAAACCAGAAACGCGUGGGUCGGUGUUACGUUUACACGAUGGAAUCCUGAGCUACAUGCAAGUAGGGGCCAACGUGUAACCACGCUUAAAUGGACGUGACGAGCGUGGGUCUCCUGUACAGUUGACUUGCGUGGGUCGCCACUGAGAAGUCACCUGAAAGAACUAACAGUGACAAGUUCGACAUCGCGUGAAAACGACGGACUGGUCAAAUCGGAGGCUGCGGCGUCCAUUGUGACCGGGAAACGUGAAAGUCUCGGGAAUAAACUAGGUUAAAUAAGCUACUUUGUUCAAACACACUUUGUUCAAACAAAAUAUCUAACAUGGGAAAAGUAGGAAUUGAAGGGAACUACACCCAAGAGCAAAAAACGAUACGACGAUAACAAGACCUGUACAGAAACGAAAGUAUAAACGCUGUAACACAUACUAAUAAUACUGCAAAACCUGUGGAAUAAAGGGGAACCAACCCAAGGGCAAAAAGCGAAACGAAGAAGAAGUCGGAGGCUCAGUUGUUUUUUGAAAGUUACUGCGACCGGGACUCUCGGUACACCUCAUCAACGGUGCGCAUCAAGCUCGAAGUUAUCCACACCGUGUUACGUGAACCGCUCUAACAAAGGAAAUAAUUUACAUAAGUGAUAAGCAAAAGGGUUUCAAUGUGAAAAUAGGUUCCUUGCUCCAAAGACUCAAAUUACUGGGGGAGAAAAGCAGAUCACGGUUGGAGUUCUUCGAUCGUUUCAAUCGUGCCGAAACGUUUUAAUCGCGGAAAUGGCUAUUUUAGUGGUACAGCUGAUUCGUGACAAGAACGUCGAAGAGGAUCAAGCGAACACAUUUCUAAAGAGAUUCAACGUUUUCAACUGCACUGCUCGAAAGAUGCUUCGCCAGCAUAUGAAAUUAUGCAACGAAUAGGAAAUGUGGCAUGAUGUAACUGAAAGUUUAAGGUGAUAGUCCCUGUAUCCGUUCGAUAUUCCGAAUUCUUGUUCCCAAGAAAUCUGUCUGGAAAGGAUUAACUCCUACGUACCUAACACUGACUGGAUUAUUAAAAUCCGUGACCUGGUUAAUUACUCGAGAAAAAUCUCGCGCUCUGCUCCAAAUACGGAAACGAUCGGUCGACGCUCCCGAUUUAGCGAACAAUUUCCGUUCGAGGCCGCGUUUCGAAGCGGGUUCGCAGACUCGUAGGUGCGUUCAUUACUCAUCGAGUACCGAGUACUCCUCUCUUUCUCUCUGUCAUAUGGACGUAGACGGUGCCUCGCAGCUCGGAACGGGAUAGUGUCCGUUGCCUCUCCGCUACACCGCGGGAUGGACUCUGCUAUAAAUAUCGUAAAUAUCGAUCAAAGGAACUUUACAGACAAGUGAGGCAGUUCAUCAUGUCGCGUUCUAGCUUUCCUAACAAUCAAAUAUAUAAAGAGCGAGCCGAUGAAUUGAAACUACAGAAGCACACGUACGUAGCUGUCUCCGCAAACGGAGCAUGAAGUGGGAAAAGGACGAUUGUCGUAGUUUUGACGAUUGAAUCGCGGAAAGAAAUUUAGGAUUUUACCGCAUCGACUCGUGAAUCACCACAUCGAGGAGCUGGAGACAGGAGAACUUAAAGGAGGUUAAACCACGUUCUCUAAGCGCUACGUUGAACAUGGACAAAAGAUGUGUUACCGCCCCAGUAUCGAAGUUACGGUCAUUGUCAAAGUAGUCACCAUUUCCGGACCGAAUGGAUUUUCACCCAACAUCCCAGUUCAAGUGGCGAUGAAAGAAAACGAGGACGUUCGAUUUUCUGGGAAGAGCUGAUCAAAUCAAUGCAGUAAUUCCGGAGAAGAAAGCAUUCUUGUGCUUCUUCAAGCGGUUAGGCAAUUCAGUGCGCGUGUGUGCACCAGUUGUGCCUUUCUAGGGACAUCGCGAUGUCUCAUAGCCAAUGAAGAAGUUACGACAAAAACAAUAGGAUGUUCGUAGCCGGCACGAGGAAAUUAUGCAGAGUCGGGCUGGCCGCUGUUUUAGUCACUGCCCUCUGUGCCCUCGCACUCCUGGACUUGCCACCUCAACUGCCAGAUCCUCCUACGGAUCGGCCGCCUACGAGAGGUGGAGAGCCUCCAGGCACGAGGAGCAUCGUGGCUUACUCGUGGGCGCGAAGAUUGGCACUCGAUUACAGACCCUCUACCGAGUGCGCCGGUAAUGGAACUCCGAGUAUGGCGGUGCACGCACUCGAUCACCUCGUAGACGAACCCUGGCUUGAGACAAUCCCGGGACAACUAUUCCUCUACAGCGCACAUUUAGACCGAAGAGUACCCGGCUAUCCCGGGAUAAGGGUGAUUGGCGUUAAACGGGGCAGCCUCCGGACCUUCACACUCUUCUGUACCGUUUGGUACCAGGAGGGAGGAUUAGUUAAAUCCUUGAGCAUGGAGUCCCUGAUAGCCGACAUCUGGUUGGAUGAAUGGGGUGGAAACACUAUCACCUAUACAGGAAUUUUGGCGACUUGUCCAAUUCCCAGAUCUAUUCUACCUCUAAAGGUUACAAUAAGCCCCACUCCCUGUUACGAGAAUCCUAGUCAUAGUUUAAUAAUAAACCAGAAAACCGCACACCGCCCUAACACCAAGAGGCAAUUUACAUUGUGCAUCAAAGGCUUGGACUUCGAGGAAGAUGUCUCCAAGAAGCUGGUUGCUUUUGUAGAGUUGCACCGUAUUUUAGGUGCCAGCUUCUUCCACUUCUAUGUUUUGAACGUCCAUGAAAAUGUACUCAAGGUGUUGAGGCUCUACGAAAGAUCUAACGUUGUUAGAUGGAUCAGAUUCAGCUUGCCCGGUGAUUUACCUAAUGAGAAAAAUGAGAGAAGAUCGUUUUUAGAAAAGAAUCCCUGGAUCAAAAGACGAAUGGAAUUAAUUCCUUACAACCAUUGCUUUUACGAGAACCUUCAAGAUUCCGAGUAUGUGCUUCCGAUUGACUUGGACGAAACCAUUGUUCCAAGGCGUUGCAGAAACUGGUCUCACCUUUUGCUUGACGAGAGGAAAAGGUUAGGUAAAUCGUUCAAGGAUUUCGCCUCCUACGCAGUGAGAAACGCUUAUUUCUUUCCGGAGCUUCAAAACCGUAGUCACUCGACUCGUGAUGCCGAUCGCGACUUGGAUUUUGAUUACAUGGACACUAUGAGAUCAGCUAUCAUUUCACCUGAAGGGGAUUCAGUCAAAAGCUUUAUUUCUACAAAGCGUGCUCUAACCGUACACAACCAUUAUGCAUUAACAACGCUAAACCCUUCGACAAAGAGAGCCCAUCAUUUCGAUCCUAGGGAUGUCCUAAAACAUCAUCAUCGAGUUUGCGACAGUAAGCACAUUGACUGCGAUUUGUUAAUGGAGGAUGUUCGUAUAGACAGAUCAGCCCUGAGAUUUGCCGAUGAACUAAAAAGCAGGAUCAAGACUGCUUUUGACCACCUCAACGCUUUGUCGAUGUGAUGCUGAUGUGUAAAUAAAGAUCUCCAAUAAAUCAUAGUUUUGAUUACCUCGCAAA